AUGAAAAAUUCUUCUAGAAUAAAAAACUCUCACCAAAGUAGCGAUUGCUGGGCUGCCUUGUUUUGUGGAAUUAUAGAAGUUCUUAUCAAAACUAAUUAACAUGAAUAAAUUUCACUCCUAUAACCAACCAUUAGUCAAUAUUCACUUUCAAGAAUCAAAAUCUUUAAAACUAUUGAAUUAAUGAACUAAAUUAUAAGAAAUCCGAAUGUCGAUCUCUUUUACACUCUAGUCAAUUAAGAAGAAGCAUCUUAGGUAAUGAAAAUAUUCAUACAAACCAAAUACAAAAUAAUACCUACAUCAGUUUGUAAAAAAGAAAUUCUAGAACUCUUAAGUAAUACUUUUAAAAUAGAUAUUAUAUUUAUCACUCAGAAUACAUCGAUAUCAUUAGCGAACAGUGAUAAUUUAGAAUUGGUUCUAAAAAUAGUGUAAUAAUAAUCAGAAUUCACGAUUGAAGCAGCAUAGAAAUCAAGAAGCCGAUCAUCUUCACUUUUGGAUUAUGUUUUAGAGAUGAAACAAUAAUGUAAUGGAUGUUUAAGAUUGUUUGAAUAAGGAGAACUGUAUAAGUCCCUUACUUGUAAUCACACUUAUUGUCGAUAAUGUUUGAAAUUUUACUUCAAGCUUGGAUAAUCAUUUGUUUGCAAAGAUUUCUUCUGUAAACUGGAACUAAGAAGAGAAGACUUUCCAUUCUUAUAGUUGUCUCCACUUUAGGAUGUGACUGCUUAAUAGAAUAGAUGUCUUCAAUGUAAAGAAUCUAUCAACUAAUUGUACACAAACAGGUGUGGACAUACACAUUGCGAAUAAUGCAUUAGGGAUCAAUUAAAUAAAUCCAAAUACUAUCAAUCUAACUUCUGCCUAGAACCAUCAUGCACUGAAUUGUUGGCUAAUGAGUUAAUCAAUAAUCAAUCCAAAGAUAAUGAUAUUUAAACUGUUCUGUCAAGGAAUAAUUCAACAACUUAAAAGUUUACAGAAUUUUGCUGUUUUUGUUAAUCUGAAUAAGAGAAAGGUGUGAAAGGAGAGUGUGGACAUUACUUUUGUAAGACUUGUCUGGAUUCCAAAUAUUAAUAUAUAAUUACCUAUGGUUUACACAGAAUUAUUGAUUGUCCAUAAUGCUAAACUAAAUUCAACAUUGAGAAAACUUUGGAUGAGUAUUACAAUUCAUUAGCAUUUCCCUAACCCCCUAGGUUAAUAAGGAUGAGGUCUAGUUCAGAAUAAUAAAUAGAAUCCAAAUAGUAGUUGUUCUAGCAGAAGCCCUCCUUUGAAAAUCAGUAGAAAACUAGGGUUCCCACUUCAGGCUUACCCUUAAAUAGCUCGAGACUUCAAGUGCCUUAUGUAGUUUCAAGUGGAAUUUCAACUCCUAAAAGGGUUGUUACCUCUUCAAAUAGAGCCAGUCGCAAUUUGCCUCAAUAAGCCCAAUACUUUUAGAGAAGCCCAUAAUUCUUUUGA